GAAUAAUUCCAAAAUAACGUUCCUUCCCGUAAUUUAGAAUUUGAAUUUGGGAAUUCAGAAAUAUUGGAUAUCCUUACCUUAUCCUCACAUUCUGUUGGUCUAUUAAUCUCCAUAGUUUUUGUCUCGUCGUGUAACCAAAGACCUGGUGAUGAAAUCGAAUACAAAUGGUACCACGAGAAGAUCUUUAGGAUAUGAGAAUACCUCACAAAUAUUUCUGAACAAGAAGUAUGAUUAUAACAAACAGUACUGCAGCAUAUAUUUGGCUCGAUUGCAGGAAAUGGAAGUUUUACUAAUGGAGAGAGUCAGUAGUAAAUGGGGUGACAAAUAUCCAAUUGGCAAGUUACAUAAAUUGUCUGAUGAAAAUACAGAGAAAUGUGUAGUAAUAGGAACAUUAUUCAAGGAUCAGAAAUUGAAACCAUCUAUAUUGAAACAACUGACAGAGCCUAGUGUAAUUGUGAAUACCAUCCAUUUUACUGAUGGAAGUGAUAAGUUGUUUAUAGAAGAUGAAAUACAGAGAUUUGAAUUACUAGGAAGCAUUGAUUUGAAAUAUGUAGUGACUGGAAUCUCAUGUGCUUUAUUAGGGACCAGCAUGGGGAAAGGAAAAUUCAUGGUCAAUGAUUAUCUCUUUCCUGGAUAUAGAAAUCAGGUUGAAAGGCCUAUAUUCAAUGACAGUGCUUUUGUUAUAUUCUUAAGUGGAAUUGAUUUCAUACAUCAUGAGCAUUACAUGCCUAAUCUUCAGUUAUUAUCAUGUUGGAUUAGUGGUAUGCUGGGAGAUGUUGACAUUGUAUCAAAAGUUACUAGAAUUAUAAUUGCUGGUAAUAGCAUCAAAAGUAGUUCUGAAAAACACAAUCCUGAAAUAUCUAUCAUAACUCGUAGAACUGAAUCAACAGAAACAAUAGAAGCUGUAGCUUCUUUUGAUAAAUUCUUGUCCCAACUCUGCCAGCUUGUUGAUAUAGAUUUGAUGCCAGGAGAAAAUGAUCCAUCAAAUCACAUUUUACCACAGAGAGAAAUGCAUCACUGUAUGUUUCCCCUGUCAACAAUAUUCAAAUCUUUACAUUGUGUCACAAAUCCUUAUUCUUUCUCAUUGGAUGGGCUGAAAAUAUUAGGAACAUCUGGCCAACCUGUUAGAGAUAUCAUGAGAUACUCUGAAAUAACUGAAUCAAUAGAUGCCAUGGAGUCAUGCUUUAAGUGGAGUCAUCUUGCACCUACAGCUCCAGAUACUUUGGGGUGUUUUCCUUGUUAUGAUAAAGAUCCAUUUAUUAUUGAAGAGUGUCCUCAUGUGUUUUUCAGUGGAAACCAAAAGGAAUUCUCCACAAAGAUGAUAUUAGGUGAAGAGGGACAGAAAGUACGUUUGAUAAGCAUUCCUGAAUUUUCCAAAACAUUUGAGGCAGCAAUUCUCGAUUUGAAAUCAUUGGAGUGUAGUAGGAUUGUAUUUGACAAAUCCUGAAGUUGCAAAGGGCAAAAAUAGAGUACCUACUUAACAUUUUGAGUGCUGUAAUACGUAUUAUAUCAGUUGUCUAUUUUUUUAUGAAGCUUAGUAUAUUUUAUACUAC